AUGUCUUCCCUAAAUGAUACUGCAGUGAUGGAUUUCAUUCUUGUGGGGCUCACAGACAGCCCAGGGCUGGGGAAAAUUCUCUUUGCGGUGUUUCUGGCCAUUUACCUUAUUACACUGGCAGGAAACCUAUGCCUGAUUGUGCUGAUUCGGACCAAUUCCCACCUGCAAACACCCAUGUACUUUUUCCUUGGGCACCUGUCCUUUGUAGACAUGUGCUAUUCCUCCAAUGUCACCCCAAACAUGCUGCGUGGAUUCAUCUCAGACCAGAAGACCAUCUCCUAUGCUGGAUGCUUCACCCAGUGUCUCCUCUUCAUUGCUCUGGUGAUCACUGAGUUUUACAUCCUCGCUUCAAUGGCUCUGGACCGCUACGUGGCCAUUUGCAGCCCUCUGCACUACAGUACCAGGAUGUCCAAGACUGUUUGCAUCUCUCUAGUCACAUUCCCUUAUGUGUUUGGCUUCCUGAAUGGGCUCUCUCAGACUCUGCUCACUUUCCACCUGUCCUUCUGUGGCUCCCAUGAAAUCAAUCACUUCUACUGUGCAGACCCUCCUCUCAUCAUGCUGGCCUGCUCUGACACUCAUGUCAAAAAAACGGCCAUGUUUGUUGUAGCUGGCUUUACUCUCAUAAGUUCCCUCUCUAUCAUUCUCUUGUCCUAUCUGUAUAUUUUUGCAGCCAUCUUGAGGAUCCGUUCGUCUGAGGGAAGACAAAAAGCCUUUUCUACAUGUGGUUCCCACCUGACAACAGUCACCAUAUUUUAUGGAACCCUUUUUGGCAUGUAUUUAAAGCCUCCAUCAGAGAAGUCGGUGGAGGAGUCCAAAGUAAUAGCAGUUUUUUAUACUUUUUUGAGCCCAUUACUGAACCCCUUGAUCUACAGCCUUAGGAACAAGGAUGUCAUCAAUGCUAUGAAGCAGUUGAUCAAGGGAAAUUUUUGUCAGAAAUUUUUGGUUUAG